AUUUUCCCGAGAAAACGAAAUGAAUUUUUCUUUCUUGGAUUCAUCCAUCUUUCAUUUCCAUUCGGCCAAUCGAAUCUGUGGGAACCCAUCACAAAAUUUCGUGGCUUCAGCAACAUUCAUAAGAAGAUUCUUCUUCAAAAUCCUACCAUCAGCAGACGUCUCCUUCUCGUUCCGCUUCUUCACAGCUCCUCGGAAAACCGCUUCCUUCCGCGGAUGAUUUCAUCCAAACCCCAAUAAGGCUAUGGUAUGUUUCAAGUUCAACUAUGGUAAUGGUGUAUCUGCCAGGAGCUAUCAGCUUGUGCCAGUCAUCUCUUUGCAAUAAUACUCUGCACAAUGCUUUGCCGGGCAAGAUCAGACAUGUCAAUGUUAAUUCCUUGAGCUGUGCUGCUGUUUUUCAUAGCCAAUCAGGGGUUAAAUGUAAUCAUGAUGUGCAUAGUUCAUAUACUCCAUGGAAAGAACAGAAUAGAGUUGGAACAUAUCUUGUAUCACAGCGAGUGGCAUCUAAGAGAUUGCUGUGUCAAUCACAUGGUUCUGUUUCGCCAGAUGAUGAGUACCGUUCAUCGCGUAAUAUAGCCAUCAGUCUGUUUAGGCGGUAUAGGAAUGUAAUUGACCGUGGAGGAGGUGACAACCUAAAAGAAUUCAUUAGUGCUGGAGUGAAUGCAUAUGCAUUGGGUUGCACUGAUGAAGGGCUGAGGAAAGAACUUAAUGCUAUGAAGGAAUCCGCCAUUGAAAUUGAAGCAAUGCAAAGUUAUGCGGGAGGGACUAGUUUAAAGUCCAAGAUUGUUGCAGAGGAGGCCGAUGAAUGUAUUUUGUGGUUGAGCAUUGUAUUCAUUACCAUUUUGUGUACACCACAACCAACUGUUGUCAGAUGGUCAUCUACACCUCCAGUGUCAGAUGAAGUACUGGUUCAAUGGAAAGGCUUCUGUGCUAUCAUAGCAAACGCUUAUUACAUAAGGGGAAUGGCAUGGCUUCCCGUAAAGACUCUCCAGCUCGAGCAAAUGGCAGUGGUGGGACAGGCUGAGGAGCCAUCGGUUGUUGCUAGCCGAAUGCGAUUAGUUUUUAGCACACUUGAGGUAGUUAGUCCACAUUGGCCAGGAGUCUAAGCCGAUUGCUUCUGUAUUUAGAAAAAUCCCAGUUAUGCUGGAUUCAAUACCGCCAUUUAGUCCAAUCAAAAUGUUGUAAAUUAAUGAAGCAUAAUUUACCAACUUCUCUGUUUGGGGGUCAUAAAGCACCAAAAAUCUUUUAUGUACUAUUUGUGUCUACCGCAGAAUACAAAUUAUGCCUUAAU